AUGUCAAAGUUGUACUCGACUAGACAGUUUGCCAAAACUCGUAUCCGAUGGAGUAGUGGUAUACAGAAAGAGAGUACCGUAGAAAACUUGUUAUCAUAUCAAAACUCAUCUACCCUUUACUUUGGAUAUAACAAUCAUGCGAAUUACCAGGGACCAGUUAGUAAAAAUAGAAAAAUUAUGUCACCAUACAUUUUUCUUGGAUUCUUACCGAUAAGUUUAGCCACAAACAAUAAUACACAAGGAUACCGUACUGCUGGAGUAGACUACACGUUUGAAAAUAGUGACACCAAUCCAAACAGUUACAUAACGUUCUAUUACAACCCGAAUAAUUCAUACCCAGGCAGAGCUGGUAAAUCCAAAAUUUUCAUGACGGGUUGGAUUGAUCGUUCAUCCUUGUUAGCUGCCAAUAAAUCCAUGAGUGCUGACUUUUAUUUUGAUUGGGAGAUGCACAUGGGAGGUGGUGGUGGCUUUAUGACAUCGCAAUCUGUAUCCAAUACUAGGGCAGCUUUAGGUUUACCAUUUGCAAUAUUUCCUUGUGACGGGGUAAACUGUCAAAAUGGCGGGAGUUGUGUUUCAUCUGGAUCAACAGGCAUGUGCAGCUGUGUCAAUAGCUACCAUGGGGACAGAUGUCAAAAUCAUCCAGAAAACUCCACCGGAUAUUUCAACAGUUGCCAACAGCCCGAUCAAAGAGUUGUACUUUUGAGUCUUGGUAUGUUCUCCUUAGAGAAGUUACCUUGUGCUGCGAUGUGUUCACAACUAAACACUUGUGUCGUUUUUAAAUACCACAACAAGGAUAAAAGAUGUGAACUUCUUACCUUUGGGAUGGAUCCUCUAGUAGAAGAUCUAAAACCUACUGAAGCCGGAUGGAAAUACUACACCAAAAGUUACGCCGGAAAAAAGACAUGUGUCGGAUGUUUCUUUUGUCGUUAG